AUGUCGUUUGCCAAUCUUGACUUGGAGGCACAGCAGCCCGUGGGGAAACAACCGGUGAUUGAAGAAGAGUCGGCUCCAGUGUCGGGAGAGAACGCCGAGCUCGACCAGAUUAUAAACAAGACGCUGAAGCAACUCCAGGUGUUUUCCGAAUUAGUAUCUCAAUUUGAAACCAACCGAAAACAAGUGGGCACCCGUCGAGACAGCGAACAAUUGCGGUCGCUGACUGAUGCCUUGGUGUCGCAAGUGACGGGGCUAGAGCUGGCGAUAUCGAAGCUUCUUGCCAACCUCAAUAUGGUCAUUACCUCUAAUAACGGCCAGUUCGAGGUGCUGAAUCGACAAAUGGUGCGUAAGGAACGCCUUGUUAACGAGUUCCAUGAUUUACACCGCCAAUUCAGUAAUGGGGUGCGGGUGUAUACGGAUAAGAAGAAGACUAUCCCGAUUAAGGCCCCCGUGGAAACGACACCCUUAUUAGAUGAAAACAAAACUUCUGCUGGAGCCAGCGAUAACCAGGAACAACUACAAGUACACGAGCAACAAAAUACCAUCAACGAUACCGACUUACAGUACCAUAUACUUCUCACUGAAGAGCGCAACCAGGAGAUCGAACAGGUGGCUCAAGGUAUCCAGGAAAUUAACCUGAUAUUCAAAGACUUGGGCCAGUUGGUACACCAGCAGGGCGACCAGCUCGACACCAUCGAAGACAACGUCCAACAAUUGAACGACAACGCUCAGCAGGCUGAUCGUGCUCUCGUCAAGGCCAACGAGUACCAAAGGCGGAGGUCGAAGUGGAGCUGUAUUUUCUUAGUGGUGCUCCUGAUUAUUGUUCUCAUCAUCGUGUUGGCGGUGGUAUCCUAA